AUGUCAUUCCGCAGUCCUUUCGCGAUCCCCCGACAGUUAUUGACUGGGACCAUAUCUCUUGGAGGUCGGUCGGCAAUUAGCAGUCGAUUGAGACACAAUCAACGAGGUCUCGCGACGGUGGUACCGCCAGUCACACAAGAUGCGACGGGCUCCAAGGGCCCCACGGCUAUGGUUUUUAUGAACAUGGGUGGACCUUCCACAACGGACGAGGUAGAGGACUUUUUGAGCAGACUAUUUGCCGACGGUGAUUUGAUUCCCCUGGGACGACUCCAAUCGUAUAUCGGCCCCCUCAUCGCACGCCGGAGAACCUCGAAGAUCCAAAAGCAGUACGCAGAUAUCGGCGGCGGAUCGCCCAUUCGGAAAUGGUCCGAGUACCAAUGCGCAGAAAUGUGCAAGUUAUUGGAUAAGAUGUCCCCGGAAACCGCGCCGCAUAAACCUUACGUUGCCUUCCGCUACGCUGCCCCAUUGACCGAGACCAUGUAUGAGCAGCUUUUCGCCGAUGGAUUUGGCAAGGGCAAGGGAGGACGUGCUGUCGCAUUUACACAAUACCCGCAGUACUCUUGUUCAACAACCGGCAGUUCCCUUAACGAACUGUGGAAGUGGCGUAAUCGUCUCGAGGGAAAGCGCGCAAAUGGAGGGUCCGAGCCGGCUGGCGCAAUCCAAUGGAGUGUCAUUGACCGUUGGCCCUCUCACUGUGGUCUUGUGGAGGCUUUUGCACAAAAUAUCGAGGCUCAGCUUAAGACGUACCCAGAGGAGAAGCGAGACGAAGUCGUGUUGCUGUUUUCGGCCCACAGCUUGCCUAUGAGCGUCGUCAACCGAGGCGACCCUUACCCCGCCGAAGUUGCAGCGACAGUUCAUGCCGUAAUGCAACGACUCAAGUUCAAAAACCCCUACCGCCUGUGCUGGCAAUCUCAGGUGGGACCUAGUGCGUGGCUCGGGGCCCAGACCAGUGAUACUGUUCAAGAGUACGUGAAACGAGGACAGACGGACUUGGUCCUAGUUCCCAUUGCGUUUACAAGUGACCACAUUGAGACACUCUACGAGCUGGAUCAGGAAGUCAUCCAUGAAGCCAACAACCCGGGUGUCAAGCGCGCAGAGAGCUUGAACGGAAACCCAGUCUUCAUCCAGGCACUUGCCGAUAUUGCUCACGACCACUUGCAAAAAGGAGAAUUGUGUUCUCGCCAGAUGACACUGCGUUGCCAGGGCUGCACCAGCGAGCGGUGCUUGGGUCAGAAGAAAUUCUUUGCAGGCCAGGAACAUGCUUCUAUGGUGAUAUAG